AUGGAUGCGCAGUAUCCGUUUGCGUCAAGAGAGGAUAUCUGGCGUGUACACGAAGAAGUGAGGGAUAUCUACGCGACGCAGCUAGAACACGAAGAAAGACUUGCAAAACUGGAGCGACGAAAGGAGGACGAUGCCCGUAUGAGAAGCCUCUGGGGACCAUUUUCUCCGUUCCCCUCAGCCUCGGGCCAUCCAUCAAUGCAAGAAUCCGCGUACAAUUCUCCGGCGGAGCCUUUCAAGGGAUUUGACCAAGGUCAUCAACACAAUUCAGCUCCGGGCCAUCCACAGCUAGAAACCGAAGAAGAGCACAGGCGGGGCGCUUCACGAGCAAAUAGUGUGCGAUUCGACGAGAGUUCUAUGCAUGGUUACUAUAGCCAUGCCAACCGCUCCGCCACCGAAAUCGCUCCUUUGAGAACUGGUAGUGGGCUAGGAAAUCUUUCUCUUACCGAACGUUCUCUCUCUCAUCGAUCGGAUGGUAACAAAAGCUCUUCUGGCCAAUCACAGCGCACACUCAGUCUAGGACUUGAUGCUUCUCGAACGGACGCACCAUCGACUCCUGGACUUUUCAUUCUUGGCCCCGUUCCCUGCAUUAUUCGAUGUUGGCUCACCUCUCACUUCUCUAAUGACUCCUUACUGUACGCUGCGGUGUGUAGCGGGUCGUAUUCGUCUGCCAUUAGCCAGAGACUGGUUCAGAAACUGGGACUCGUAGGCGAGACAAACAAGAAGGAUGGGGUGCCAACCAUCAGGCUCCCAGUUCAUCUCCCGGAAGCAAGUGUUUAUCAGUCGUCGUCUCGUGCUGGAAGCCCCGCACCACAUCUUCCUGCUGUCACCGUACAAUUUGUUCUUCGCGAGACCAACCCUAGUGAUGAAAAAGAAAUCCAAAUAUUCCUUGGCAGUGACUUUCUACGUCUCCACAACGCCGACAUUCUGUUUUCUCAGGACAAAAUGCUCAUCUUAGAUGAUGAGCACAAAAAGAUUUCAAUCCCACUUGUUCGUCCAGAGAAUUAUGAAAUGUUCAAAACUCUGUCUACUGUUUCACAACCACAAUGCGUAAUUACUGGAAACUCCAGGGUCAACGGUAACACUCGCCCAAUUUUCGAGCAUGAAAAUGAUGACUCCGAGGCAACAAGUAAGCCCAUCAGCCCGGUGUUACGAAAAGGGAGUACUUAUCAACCCCCUGGCCGGACCUCAAGCGAUUCUGCUGACACCCACCCUCGACGCUCUGCUAACUUCGCGGAGCACUCAGAAGAGCAGAACAGCCCUGACCAGGCACAAUCAAAGUAUAACGCGAAUGAUAAAGACCCAGAAAAAUCCCCGAGAAUGGACAGUACAGGUGUUUGGCGCCCCUGGAGGCGCGAGCUUCCCGCUAGCAAGAGCGAACCAGCUCCCUACUUAGCAGCGUACCAGAGGAGUGUUCGGACUCGUAAUAUGAAGGUGUUGAAGCCGUCCAAACCAACAUCCACAUCGUCACGUCAGGUAUCUGGUGUUGCCGCGCGGCCUGGUGGGGAGCCCAAUCAAGGUACCGAGCAGGGCGACUCGCCAAACACGAAGCCGGAUAGUCCUUGGAAUACUAGGUCCCGAAGUUCGAAUCCAGUUGGGGGAGCGUCAGCCUUUGGUUGGCUAAAUACAAGCCAGGGUAAGCAAGGUGGUAGCGGCGCUGACUGA